UAUUAAAUAAUCCUUGAAACCUUUCACAUUGUGUGCUCUAAAAUCAUCUAGCCGAAUGGAGUUGUACAUGAGAGGUUUGGUGGUUCUCUCGCUCUAUUUUCUUUUCACUCUAGCCACAAAGUUCGGUUGUUGUGAUGGACAUGGUUCGAAGGCUCUUUGCAGAGAAGAAGAAAGAGAAGCUCUUUUGAGCUUCAAAAGAAGCAUUCAUGAUCCUUCAAACAGACUCUCUUCUUGGGCCAGUGAAGAGUGUUGUAAUUGGGAAGGAGUUCGUUGUCACAACACAACAGGACAUGUUCUCAAGCUCAACCUCGGAUGGGAUCUUUAUCAAUAUGAUGGUUCUCUAGGUGGUGAAAUAAGUAGUUCUUUGUUGGACUUGAAGCAUCUUCAAUACUUGGACCUGAGCUGCAAUAACUUUGGGAGCCUUCAUAUUCCAAAAUUCCUUGGUUCCUUAUCCAAUUUAAGAUAUCUUAACCUCUCUACUGCAGGUUUUGGUGGUGUUAUUCCUCAUCAACUUGGAAAUUUAUCCAAGUUGCAUUAUCUUGAUAUUGGGAAUUCUGAUUCUUUGAAUGUUGAGGAUCUUGAGUGGAUUUCUGGUCUUACCUUCCUAGAGUUCCUUGACAUGACAAAUGUGAACCUAAGCAAAGCAUCAAAUUGGUUACAGGAAUCUCUAGUGUCAUCCCAGCUUGGUUUUGGACACGAUCCUUUGCUACAGUUGAUCUAUCUCACAACCAAAUCAUUGGUAGUAUUCCAAGUUUACAUUCAUCCUAUAUCUAUCUCGGCUCAAACAAUUUCACUGAUCCACUGCCCCCAAUCUCUUCUGAUGUAG